CAAUGAAUUUAUUAUAUUUAUAGUUGUGCGAUAAUCAUCACAAUCCAGUUUUAUAGUAUUUCCAUCCCACACCUUCUCUUAUUUCUUCUUUCUCUUUAGCAGACAUGUAGACUGUUUACUCUUUGCCAGGCACUGUGCUAACCCCCUAUUAGUUUUCACUCAUCUACAACCAAAAUAAAUCUCAUCCUAUUAUCAUGACCACCGUACUCAUUUUGAACUGGGGAAAUUGUGAUUCAAAGGAUAGGUGGUGUUCCCAAGGCUGUGUGGCCACCAGGUGGAAGUUUGGAUGCGUAUUUGAGCAUAUCCAGUUCUGAAUUGUCCACCAGGGUCCUCUAUCACCUUACACAAUGUUAAAAUGGUGGAAGUCUGGAAGAAGAAUUGUUUUUUCCCCCUGUUACCCAAGAAAUAUCCUGUAAAAGCACACAGAUCUGAGCAGAUUUUCAUAGCGGUCACUUGACUGGGAUGACAGCCCUUGAUAGGGGAGACUGGUCAUUGCCUGUGGGGUAGAUUCCAUCCCUUGACACCCAUAGUGGUUUCAUACCACAAAGCCUACUGCUGUCAGUGACUCCUUUCUUAGGGAAGGACUGGAAAUCAAGGGGAAAGUUGUGCCCCCUAUGCACUAUAGCAGGGCCAGGAGCUCAUUUGUAAAGCACCUGGAGAAGCCACUCAACCAGGAGGUCGUGGCUCUACCUGCAGGUGCCUUAGUUCUAAUACUCACCUGUCCUCAACUCCCUGUCUCUCAAUUCCAUGGAUCAAUGUCCUGCAGACACUGUAAGCUAGGGCUCAGAUUUUGGGCCAUCUGACUCCAAUACCCAUGCUCUUGUUGUAUGCUCUGAAACAUGUUGCCUUAAACAGGAGGAGUGAUCCUGGAGGGAAAUCCUCAAAGCAGAUUUCUGCCAUUGCCAGAGAACCAAGAACCUGGGUAUGGGCAAAGGCACACCAAUAUGAGGACCUUCUCCUUCAGAUAUAAUUCCUCCUUUGGGAGAAGUUGGAGUUUCUAAGAUGUGUCCCAGUCAUCAGCUGUCUGUACACAUUCUGUCCCCUUACAUGUAGCAAACGAGGUUCCACAAAGGCUGUGCCUGUCAGUGACUCAUUCCUUGGGGACCCUUGGGAGAUGGAGGAGAAAAGCUGAAUCCCAGGACACUGCUGGAAAACGGUGGGCUGCAGGGCCAGAGCCCCCUUCCCCAGGAGGGGAUGGCCAUGUGGAAAAAGGUUGAAAUGGGAGCUCCACUUUCCUAUCCUUGUUAUCUCUGUCUUUCUGGCCCAGGACUCUUGGUGCUGCUGCUGUUGCCAUGGGGACCUGCAGCCCAGAGCACGAAAGCCUGUGCUCGGUGGUGCCCUCCAAACUCCUCAUGUGUCAACAGCACUGCCUGCCGCUGCCUUCCGGGAUUCAGUGCUUCAUCUGGGGAGGUCUUCACCAGCCCCUCGGACAGUUGUGAUGAUAUCAAUGAGUGUGCACCACCCACGGCCGUGUCCUGUGGAAAGGGUGCAGACUGCCAGAACACAGAAGGCAGCUACCACUGCAUAUGCGUUCCAGGAUAUGAACUUGCUUCUGGGGCACCAGUGUUCAGGAAUGAGAAUGAGAACACCUGUCAAGACGUGGACGAAUGUCAGCAGAAACUGAGAAUCUGUAAAAGCCACAGCAUCUGCAUCAACACCCAGGGCAGCUACACCUGCCAGUGCCUACCUGGCUUCAAGCUCAACCCAAGGGACCCAAAGCUGUGCACAGAUGUGAAUGAAUGUACCCUGGGGUCAAACCCAUGUCACAACUCCACCUACUGCUUCAACCUCGUGGGCAGAUAUGAAUGCCCCUGUCGCCCUGGCUGGAAACCGAUUCCUGGGUCCCCCAACGGCCCAAACAACACCAUCUGCGAAGAUAAGGAUGAGUGCAGCUCCGGGGAGCAUCAUUGUCACAACUCCACCAUCUGCACCAACACUGUGGGUUCAUAUGUGUGCCACUGCCCCCAAGGCUGGGUGCCCAAACCUGGAUUCCAGAAUAAGAAAAAUACCACCAUCUGUGAAGAGGUCUCCUUCCCCACCUGGAUGCCACCCCCUGGAAUCAAGAGCCAGAGGCUCUCCCGCUUCUUUCACAGACUCCAGGAUCUACGUGGGAACUUCAGUUCAGCCUCUGUUCAGAGCACUGUCCAGGGCCUCAUACAGGAGGUUGGUGAUCUGCUGGAGGGGCCCCAGGACCUGGAAAACCUGUCCCAAUCAGAGCAGCAGUUUGUGGCCACUAAUCUGCUCCUGGGCCUGGAGAAUGCCCUGGGAUGGCUGGGCAAGGCCCUACCCAUUGGGGCAGUGACUUUUAGUUCAUCUGCCGGCACAGUACUGUCCCUGGAGGUGCAGGAGCAAGGAUACGAGAAUAUCACCUUGAUUCAGAAUCAGACAAAGAUGCUGCUCACCUGGGAUACAGUGCAUGAAUCUGGCGACUCAGGCCCUACUGUGGUGGGCCUUCUGUCCACUCCAGGGGUGGGAAGGUUUCUGGCUAAGGCCCCUCUGGUCCUGGAUACUGUGGAACAGGCAGCUUUGCAUGAGACACACAAAGGCGUGCUACAGGAACUCUAUCAUGAUCUGCUAUCAGACGUCAUCUCUGCCUUUAUCAGCAACAAGGACCCUCAGAACCUCAGGCACCCGGUCACCUUUAUCUUCCAACAUUCAGUCAUCCCUGGUCCAAGAGAGAAAGUGUUCUGUGUCUUCUGGGAGCAUGGCCAGAAUGGAAGUGGUCACUGGGCCACCAGUGGCUGCAGGAUAGUGGGCACCAAAGUCAGCAGCACCAUCUGCCAGUGCACCCACCUCAGCAGCUUUGCCAUCCUCAUGGCUCUCUACGAAGUACAGGAGAAGGAUUCUGCACUGACUGUGAUCAGCUACAUGGGGCUGAGCCUCUCUCUGCUGUGCCUUCUCCUGGUGGUGCUCACCUUCCUGUUCUGCAAAGCCAUUCACAAUACAAGCACCUCACUCCACCUGCAGCUCUCCAUUUGCCUCUUCCUGGCCCACUUGCUCUUCCUAACAGCCAUCGACAGAAUUGAGAUCAAGGUGCUCUGUAGCAUCAUCGCAGGUGCCUUACACUAUCUCUACCUGGCCUCCUUCACCUGGAUGCUGCUGGAGGGCCUGCACCUCUUCCUCACUGCACGCAACCUGAUGGUGGUCAACUACUCCAGUGUGAACAAGUUCAUGAAGAAGCUCAUGUUCCCUGUGGGCUAUGGAGUCCCGGCUGUGAUUGUGACCAUAUCUGCAGCAUCCUGGCCUCAUCUUUAUGGAACACCCACCAGCUGCUGGCUCAACUCAGAAAAGGGAUUUAAAUGGAGUUUCCUUGGACCAGUCUGUUCCAUCUUCUUGGUCAAUUUAGCUUUCUUUCUGAUGACCCUCUGGAUUUUGAAAAGCAAACUCUCUUCCCUCAACAGUGAUGUGUCCACCCUCCAGAACACAAGGAUGCUGACAUUUAAAGCUACAGCUCAGCUCUUCAUCCUGGGAUGCACAUGGUGUCUGGGAAUCCUGCAGGUGGGACCAGCUGCCCACGUCAUGGCCUACCUCUUCACCAUCAUCAACAGCCUGCAGGGCGUCUUCAUCUUCCUGGUGUAUUGCCUCCUCAGCCAACAGGUCUGGGAGCAAUAUGGGAAAUGGUUCAAAGGGAUCGAUAUAACCAAAUCCAAGUCUGAGAAGUACACACUAUCCAGCAAGACCACAUCUGAUGCCUGCAAAUAUAGUGCUGCAAGAUCCCACAUUGCUGACACAGCAUGUCACUAACUGAUCCACUUGUGCAGCACAUGCUUUACCACUGGACAACUAGGUUAAUUAAAAAAUCUUUUGAAGUAUAUCCUCUACUUCCAUGGAAGAUCUGAAGUAUUAUUCUUUGAGCCAUUGAGAGAGGAUAAAAAAGACUUUGUCAUGUGUAUUUCCAGAAAUCCAUUGUGUCAGCAUGUGAAAGAAGUUGUGGUGGACAUGUUUGAUCCUCAAUUCCUGCAAAAUUUGGAAUUUUUUUGUGCCCCACAGUGCAUUCGGAAAACUAUCAGCAGAUCAAGGGCUAGCUGUGGCCCAAUGCCUCAGCCACGUUGGUUAAAACCCUUUUCUGAAGGCUCUCCUUCCUACAAAGACUCUGAAAGAUGCUGAAGGUCUAUGAUCAGGAAAACCAGCCUCAAGAGAUAUUCAUACAAACAACAUCCAAAAGAAUGAAGAUGUUCACACCACAGUCUGGAUUUCUUAAUUGUUUUGUUCUGUUUUCUAUGGGUUUAUUUAGUCACUCAGUCAUAAAUAUUUAUUACUCACCGUGUCCAAGGCAGAGAUCAAGAGACACACAUGUCCUGUCUUCAUGGAGCUCUCAGGGGGAGGUAAAGUUAUUUUGUGCAGUUAGAAUUGAUUUAGAAGCUAAAAGAGUCCUUUAGGUCAUGUCUCUAUAGCUGUGUAGUUGAAGUAUAAACCAUUUGACAGACACCAUCUUCUUUCAUCCUCACACCAAGUUUCACAAAGUUUGAAAACUCAGAUCAUGACACGUAUAUUUUGGAUUUUGUGGGCCAGUGUUCAGUCUGGGUUCUCUAGAGAAAUAGAACUGAUAGGAUACACACACACACACACACACACACACACACACCACCACACACACACACACGAAGAUUUAUUAUGAGAUACUGACUCACAUGAUAGUGGACACUGAGAAGUCCCACAGUCUUGCCAUCUCCAAGCUGGAGACCCAGGAAACCAGUGGUACAGUUGGAAGACCUGAGAACCAGACUGCUGAUAAUAUGGACUCCAAUUUGGGUCUGAAGACUUGAGAACCAUGAGUGUGGAGAGCAGAAGAUUGAUAUCCCUGCUCAAAUAGGCUGAGUUAAUUUAACUGGCUUUCACAUUUUUAUUCCAUUCAGACUCUCAAUGGAUUGGGUGAUGCUCAUCCACAUUGGAGAGGACCAUCAGCUCUACUUGGUCCAUCAGUUCAAAUGCUGAUCACUCUGGAGACAGCCUCACAGAUACACUCAGAACCCAUGGUUGAUCAGUUGGCUGGGUAUCCUAUGGCCCAGUCAAUUUGACACACAAAAUUAACCAUCACUGCCAGAUAAGUAUAGAAACAUCCCAGAUCUGCCAUUGUAGCAUGAAAACUGCUAUAGACACUCAUAAGUGAAUGAUCAUGACUUUUUUUUUUGGUUUUUAGGGCUGCACCUAUGGCAUAUGGAGGUUCAAGGAUAGCAGUCAAAUAGGAGCUGUAGCUGCUGGCCUAUGCCACAGCCACAGCAACACAGGAUUUGAGCCACAUCUGCAACCUAUGACACAGCUCACAGCAAUGCCAGAUCCUUAACCCACUGGCAAGGCCAAAGAUUGAACCUGCGUCCUCAUGGAUUCUAGUCAAAUUUGUUUCUGCUGAGCCACGAAGGGAACUCCUGAUCAUGGCUGUGGUUUUUUUUUUUAAAGGAAAGUUAGGAUAUCCAGCUUUUAUUUAUGACAAAAGUUCAUAAAACUGUGAUGGCUAAGUUAAUGAGAGCGAAUGAAGUUCCCCAUUGAACUAUUAAUAACACAUGAGAGAUUGAAAUAUCAUCUGCAAUAUAACUGCUGAUAAUGUAAUGAAUAACCAUAAGAGUGAAAUACCUUGUAUUUUCACAAGUUUUGUAUGUUUGCUCACUAAUUCUUUAUCUGUCUCAAUGCAUAUUUUUAACAUCACCAUUCAUAACACACCUUAGCAGAUCCUACUUCAGGUUAUACUAAGUGUUUUUUCAACUUCUUCAAAAAUAUUUGACCCAGCGUAGUUCCAUGCAGACCCUUCAUAGUUACCAAUUCCUCAGUCAUUUUAAACUCAGCACUCAUCAACCUCUCAGGCCUAGUCUCCUCAAUACUGUUACUAUCAUGGCUGUGUUUUAAUAAAGCUUUAUUUAUGGAUACCGAA